GCGCCCGAGCGCUCUCUCCCUCCUCCCACAACCUGCUUCUCCCCGCUUAGGGAUAAAGGUGGUCCAAAAUCGCCGAGUUGCAGGGACAUCCGUCUGUUUUCACCUCUCAUCAUGGCCACUAACGACGAGUUGGCGUGCGUGUAUGCCGCCCUUAUCCUCAUGGACGACGACGUUCCCAUCACGGCCGAGAAGAUCAGUUCAAUUUUGAAGGCUGCCAAUGUAAAUGUUGAGCCAUACUGGCCAGGCAUGUUUGCUAAGGCAUCAUCUGGCCUAGACAUCAGGUCAAUUGUGGGCAAUGUUGGCACAGGUGUUGGUGGCGGCGGCGGUGGUGUUGUAGCUGCUGGUGGCGGCGGUGCUCCUGCUGCUGCUGCGUCAGCACCUGCUGCCGAGGUCAAGAAGGAAGAAGCGCCCGAGUCUGAAGAAUCUGACGAUGACAUGGGCUUCAGUCUCUUCGGCUAGGUACCAUAUAUCUUCUAUUUCUGUAAUUUCGGAAUAAAGUUGAACUGUUAAA